AACAUGGCAAGUCCUACCCAAAGAUGGGUUUUACUUCUCUCUAUGUGUCUAUUGCUGCARCAGUUCUCUCCAGCAUACACAGCACACUUCCRUCACCAUUCUGUAUCGUAUUCUAAACAAUCUGUGAAAGAACAAGCCCAAAAAAGAGGAGUCAUUUGGGAUACACUAAAGCUUGUGGGCGGUAAAGCACUGAAUGUCGUCACCUACAGUGCAAACGUGCUAACGUUCACAGGAACCAUGUUGCAGGCUAUAUAUGGAUGCAAUAUCACAGAACCGGAGAUACCAAGGUUAUUUGAACAAGUCUGCGCUCUUAAAWCACAAUACAAAGAUCUGAGAGAUGAUAUAUAUGAUAUAUCGUGGGCAGCAAGAGAAACYCAGAUCUACGCAAACGAUUCAUUUGACCACUACAAACUGACCCGUGAUAUCAUGCGGCUUUUGAAUGAUGAGCAAGUUCAAGUUCUAAGAAUCAUGGGUCCUAGCGUGAGACUUACCCUUGAUGGAUUUGAUCACAAUAUGACGCAAUUCUUUGAAAAAAUGAAUGCAACAGAUGAAGUUGUUGAUGCUACCGAAGUAGACACACGAUUUUCCACCGAUUUAGAUAUAGCCUUGAGACUGUCCUUCUCUGGACUGUCUGUUGCUGUUCCAACAAUGAAGUACCUUUGGAAAAAUCACAUUAAACAGAGUUAUGUCGGGAAAAAGAUUCAAGAGUUGGCAGACAGAUUCAAAACAAAGUUUACCAAGCCUGUAAGUGAAGCUGCUCAAAAGGCGGUCAAAAAAGUCUUAUCAAAGGGAUUCAUGUCCAGAGCACAAAAGUUUGUUACAACAAAAUUGGAAAGCUUAAUCAAGUUUGCAACACCUAAACUUGAACGUGCAGCUAAAUUGAUUGAUAAAGUGAAGUCUGUAAUGAAAGGUUUGGUGAAAGCUGGCGGUGCAGCACUUGCCAUCUGGGCCGCGUAUGAAACCUUCACAAAAUGCAAGGAGAAGCUAGCCGAUGCCAGAAAUAGUUUGCAACAGAUGACAACUGCUGUUAAUGACAUAAAAGAACAAAAGAAAGAAAUGCAAAAGGCGUACAAUUUGGUACAAGAAGCGUGGCAGGAAGUGUGGAAAACCGCAACAGCUGACCUUCUGAUGGAAGUCUUGAAAGACGUGAAAAGCAUGAUGACUGAUCAAUACUUCUCCAAGGCAGAAGACGAUAAGAAGGAAAUUGGAACGCUAAUAGAUAACUACCUUGGCUUAAAAGAAUUGGAUCCUAAGGAAAAGAGUACUCAAAAGACUUUGAGUGACACGCAGAGAGAAAUGAACCAAAAGCUGAGUGUUGUGAGGGUUACAUUAAGUUGCUAUCGACACAAGGUAAAUAUGUUCGGUGCAGUUAAGGCAGACUGUGCAAGAGGAGAUUCACCAUUUCCAUGGAUCUACAAAGAUAAURUAGAAAGUCUUCCCAUUGAGCCUGACAAGAGAUGUAAAUACAGAACUGGAGAAAAUUAUAUUGCAGAAGAUAAGAUGAAAGAAGGAUGGGAAGAGUGGGCUACUAGCAAUGGUACCAAGUAUAGUACCAUCUGUUUAAUGAACAACGAAGAUGUUGUCGAAGACGUCAAAGACCAAUUGCGCCAAAAAGUAACAGAUCCACAACAAAUCGCCAACSAGGUUAUAAGACAAGAAAAACGRCAAGAUAGCAUUGAAGAAAUYCAGCAAAUGGUUGAAAAAAUACGAGAAGAAAACCCAGAUAUAGAAAAUCAACUACCAUCUGAUAUAAUUGAUAUGAUCUGCAGACUGAAAAAUCGAAAUAAGACACCAGAAGAAAUUGCUGAUAGAAUGCAGUUUUUACUUGAAGAAGGUCAGACGUUGACACCUCAAAUGGUAGAAGACCUUGACUGUAGUAAUCAGUAGUUACCAUGGMAUCGGACAACCGCGCGAAAUGACAAUCUUGACAACUGUAGAAUUUAUUAGAUGAAGAGAAUUAAAACACAGGCAUAAAACCUA